CAGUCAUCGUGACUGCAUCAUGCGAUCUGGUGCUUACCUGGGUGCCUAUAUUGGUCAGAGCAUUAACCACGGUGUCUGCGUUAUCUCUUUUUUUCGUUACCACGAUGUCCUGGCUGCUCGAUCUGCUUGCUUGUGUCCUCGCAGCUUCUCUUGCUGUAUUCUUACGUUCCCGUUAUCGUUCAAGGUCGUUACCACCAGGUCCGCCUGGUCAUUGGUUAUUCGGGAACGAGAUCCCCAAAAAGCGGUGCGUCGGGUUUUACGGGCCUGUUUUCUCUCUGACUCGGUUUGGAAAGGUGUAUAUCGUCGUUGGCCGAUACGAUGCGGCUGUGGAAAUAAUGGAGAAGGGUGGUACCCAGACAUCCGACAGACCAAGGGCUAUUGCCGCAUCCGAGACGUUCUCUAGAGGUCUUAGGUCUAUUCUGCUGAAUGAUACACCGAGGUGGAGAACUUUGAACAGGGCUUUCCAUGCACAUUUAAAGAGUAAUAAGGCAGCGGCUUAUGAGCCUAUACAGUUCCGUCACGCGAAGAAACUGAUUCUUAAUGUCCUUGACGCGCCCAAGAGGUUCACGGAGCACACGAAAAUUUAUGCAGCAUCUGUAAUUCUUACUCUGACGUACGGGAAAACGACACCUACGACAUUCGAUGAUCCUGAUCUUCAACAAAUGAUUCGAGAUGCGAAAAGGUUUCGAAUGGCAAUCCGCCCGGGAGCUUACCUCGUGGAUACGUUUCCCGUUCUUCGAUGGGUUCCUGGGUAUCUCGCAGAGCUUAGGAGGUGGCAUCAAGAUUCGCUUGCGUUAUGUCGUCGGUGUCUGGGGUAUGUUCAGACUAAGAAGGAUACUGGGGAAGAAACACCGGGCUGUUUUGCGAAGGAUCUGUUGGAUAAUAAGAAAAUGUCGUUUGACCAGGCGGCGUUUCUUGCUGGUUCGAUGUUUGCGGCAGGAUCGAAUACGACUGAGUCUGCGAUAAUCUUUGUCGUACAGACAGAGAUCGAUCAGGUGGUUCCUCGCAAUCGAUGUCCGACGUUUGAGGAUAGGGAGCGCCUCCCGCAAGUUAUGGCGUUUGUUUUCGAAUCUGAACGUAUAAUAGGAAUUGCACAUGCUGCUUCUCAGGAUUUCAUCUGGCAAGGCUAUGUGAUUCCCAAAGGAGCUACUAUUAUCGCAUCGCCUUGGUCCAUAUUCCGUACUCCUGAUGUCUUUCCCAACUCCGAAGUGUUUGAUCCUCAAAGAUGGAUCUUUGACGGUAAAUUGAGGGACGACAUCAGGCAAUUUGUUUAUGGAUUUGGUCGGAGAGUUUGUCCGGGAUCACGCGUUGCGAAUAGGUCGCUGUUCAUUAAUACGGCGCUUCUUUUAUGGGCUUUCAAUAUUGUUGCCAAUGAGAAUAUUGACUCGAUGGCGUUUGCUGAUGAACCGGGGAUGCAUCCUGGAAGUUUUGGGGUACGCUUUGAUCUGCGGCUGGGGAAAGAGAAAGAGGCUUGGGUCAGGUCGUUGAUGGUCGACUGAAUGACGGAAAAUCAAGGAUGGAAAUACAGAACCAUAGCUUUGGAGGAGACGAGGCAAAUGAUGAUAUCAAAGAUGAAGU